AUGGCUUCAAUACGUAGCAUCAUCCAAUGCAUCUUACUCCUCACCCUCACACGACCUUCUAUCUCUACCGAAGCAAACGAUCAAGACCAGGAGACUCAAGUUGACCAAGAUGCAUUUCAACAUCUUCUAGCCCAGGUCGACCCACCAGCCCUACAUGCCGCCCUUCACGACUUCUCCCCCAGAAAGUUCGCCCAUGGGAUGUUUCCUGAAGAUCGGACAGCGGUCGAGGCUAUACACAGGGAGGAGCCCGACAUUGCAACCGGCAUACUGAAGAUGGCCAAACUUGGCAAACGUCAGGUCGCAAAUGGAACCCUCACAACAUCCACAUCUCCACCGGAAUCCCAGGUACCAGCUACCACGCGGGUGGCUCCAGUGCCUCAAGGCUCUGAGACUUCUUCCUCUGCAGUAGAAAGCUUUCAAAGCACGCUUGCAACCCAGACAUCAAGCCCAGCCGUCAACUCGCCAACGCCUACGUCGUCUGGUUCUGCAUCUCUCACAGCAGGUCAGGUCGUCACCACCACUAACGCCGCUGGCUUGACAAUCGUUUCAACCGUCGGAGGGGGUGCAACCACCCUAUCACCUUCUGCUUCGUCUUCAUCCGGCCCAGUUCAGGGUCCAUCUUCAAUCACCUCAACUCUUCUGCACACAAGUACAUUACCUAAUGGCGACCAAUCAACGAUCACAGCGAUCACAGUGGUCGCACCUAGCGCGGGAGCCGAGACACCCUCCGGUACCGCUGGUGCGGGCGCAGGAAAGACUACCAGCGGACAGCCUGGGUUACAGACAGGCGAAGCAGCAAUGACGAGAGGCUGCGGCAAGGAGAUGGUUGUGGUCUUGGGAGCGGCUGUGGGUGUUGCAUUCAUGCUAUGA